GGUUUCUCCCCCGCUCCCCCUCCCCCGCCUGGUAACCGGUGCGGGAGAGAAUGAGCCUAAGCAUCAGCCGCCGCCAUCUUGGUCUUAGCUACCGCUGGCGGAGCGUUGGGCUCUGAGGAAGGGAGCGGAGCUUCCUCAGCGCCCCUGACCCUCCGCCGCGCGGCGCGGGACGCAGCCGGGCCCGCUGGGGGCGCCCCCUCCCCGGUCUCUUAGGGGUCAUUCCCCCCCCUUCCCCCACCCACUCUGAGCGGGGAGAGAGCGAGCGAUGCUGCGCCCCGGGAUGCUCUGCCCGCUCCUAACCCCCGCCUGGCUCCUGACCACUGGGCUGCUUUGCGGCGGGCUCUGGGCUGCUAGAGUUAACAAGCACAAGCCAUGGAUUGAAACGACAUAUCAUGGCAUAGUUACAGAAAAUGACAACACAGUACUCCUGGAUCCCCCCUUGAUAGCCCUGGAUAAAGAUGCACCUCUGCGGUUUGCAGAGAGUUUUGAGGUGACAGUCACCAAAGAAGGUGAGAUUUGUGGAUUUAAAAUUCAUGGGCAAAAUGUCCCCUUUGAUGCUGUGGUAGUGGAUAAAUCCACUGGUGAGGGAAUAAUACGCUCAAAAGAGAAACUUGAUUGUGAACUGCAGAAGGACUACACAUUCACCAUCCAGGCCUAUGAUUGUGGAAAGGGACCAGAUGGAACUAAUGCAAAAAAAUCCCACAAAGCAACAGUACAUAUUCAGGUGAAUGAUGUUAAUGAGUAUGCUCCAGUGUUUAAAGAGAAGUCCUACAAAGCAACAGUUAUUGAGGGGAAGAGAUAUGACAAUAUCCUGAAAGUAGAAGCUGUGGAUGCAGAUUGUUCUCCCCAGUUCAGCCAGAUAUGCACCUAUGAAAUUGUAACUCCAGAUGUUCCCUUUGCUAUUGACAAAGAUGGUUAUAUAAAAAACACAGAAAAGUUAAACUAUGGCAAGGAGCACCAAUAUAAGCUGACUGUGACAGCAUAUGACUGUGGCAAGAAAAGAGCUGCUGAGGAUGUAUUGGUGAAGAUUAGCAUUAAGCCUACAUGCAAGCCUGGCUGGCAAGGCUGGAGCAAAAGAAUAGAAUAUGAGCCUGGGACUGGUUCUCUGGCUCUAUUCCCCAAUAUACAUUUGGAGACCUGUGAUGAACCCAUAACUUCAAUUCAAGCAACAGUGGAACUAGAGACUAAUCAUAUUGGGAAAGGUUGUGACAGAGAUACUUACUCUGAGAAAUCUCUUCACAGACUCUGUGGUGUUUCCUCUGGCACAGCUGAGCUGCUUCCCCCUCCAAGUAGCACUGCUAACUGGACAGUAGGACUUCCUACCGAUAAUGGCCAUGACAGUGACCAAGUCUUUGAAUUUAAUGGCACUCAAGCUGUGAAGAUUCCAGAUGGCAUUGUCACAGUCAAUCUAAAAGAGCCCUUUAUGAUUUCGGUGUGGAUGAGGCAUGGGCCUGGUACCAAGGAGAAGGAGACAAUACUCUGCAAUUCAGACAAGACAGAUAUGAACCGGCACCACUACUCUCUUUAUGUACACAAUUGCCGACUUGUUUUCCUCUUCCGCCAAGAUCCUUCAGAGGGAAAAACUUACAAACCUGCUGAAUUCCACUGGAAAUUGAACCAGGUGUGUGACAAAGAAUGGCAUCAUUAUGUCCUCAAUGUUGAAUUUCCAACAGUGACACUCUAUGUAGAUGGAAUUUCAUAUGAUCCUUUCCCAGUGACUGAGGAUUACCCACUACAUCCUUCCAAGAUAGAAACUCAGCUGGUAGUUGGAGCAUGUUGGCAAGAAUAUACAGGAAAUGAAAAUGACAAUGAAACUGUGCCUGAGACAUCUGCAGGUGGCGAACUCCACAUGGCUCAGUUUUUCCGAGGCAAUCUGGCUGGAUUAAUGAUCCGGUCUGGUAAACUGGAGAACAAGAAGGUGAUAGACUGCCUCUAUACCUGCAAGGAAGGAUUAGAGUUGCAAAUUGCUGAUGGCAUUGGCAAAGGCAUGAAGAUUAAUGUGAAUCCCAGCCAGUCAACGUUGUCCUUGGAAGGGGAUGAUAUUGACAGGUUUGACAAAGCCAUGCAGCACAUUUCCUACCUGAAUUCCCGCCAGUUCCCAACACCUGGAAUCCGGAGGCUCAAAAUCACCAGCAAUGUCAAGUGUUUCAAUGAAGAAGCCUGCAUUGCCAUUCCCUUUGUGGAUGGGUAUAUAAUGGUCUUGCAGCCUGAGGAACCCAAGAUCAGCUUGAGUGGCAUCAAUCAUUUUGCCCGUUCUGCUUCAGAGUUUGAGAGUCCAGAGGGAGUUUCUCUCUUCCCUGAGCUUCGCAUAAUCAGCACCAUCACUCGGGAGGUGGAACCAGAGGGAGAUGGAGAUGAGGAUCCUACCGUCCAAGAAUCUUUGGUAUCGGAGGAGAUCAUGCACAACUUGGAUACAUGUGAGGUCACAGUGCUAGGAGAGGAGCUAAAUCAGGAGCAGGAAAGCCUGGAGGUUGACAUGACACAGUUACAGCAGAAGGGCAUUGAGAUGAGCAGCUCCAACCUUGGCAUGAUCAUCACAGGUGUUGAUACUAUGGCCAGCUAUGAGGAGGUUUUGCACUUGAUACGCUACAGAAACUGGCACACUGUCUCUCUGUUUGACCGAAAGUUCAAGUUGGUCUGUUCUGAGCUUAAUGGUCGCUAUGUCAGCAAUGAAUUUAAAGUGGAGGUGAAUGUUAUCCAUACAGCUAAUCCAGUUGAACAUGCAAAUCAUAUAGCUAUGCAACCACAGUUUGUUCAUCCAGUGCAUCAUUCGUUUGUUGACCUCUCUGGUCACAACCUAGCUAAUCCCCACCCCUUUUCAGUUGUUCCAAGUACUGCUACUGUUGUCAUUGUCGUGUGUGUCAGUUUCCUGGUUUUCAUGAUUAUUCUGGGUGUGUUCCGAAUCCGAGCUGCGCACCAGAGAACAAUGCGUGACCAGGAUACUGGAAAGGAAAAUGAGAUGGAUUGGGAUGACUCGGCCUUGACCAUUACUGUGAAUCCUAUGGAGACCUAUGAAGACCAGCACAGCAGUGAGGAGGAGGAAGAGGAAGAAGAAAGCGAAGAUGGAGAGGAAGAAGAUGAUAUCACUAGUGCAGAGUCUGAAAGCAGUGAGGAAGAGGAAGGGGAGCAGGAAGAGGACCAACAGAAUGUUAACAGACAGCAACAGCUGGAAUGGGAUGACUCUACACUCAGCUAUUGAUUCCAGCUGUUCCCUUUGUUGUUUUGUUUCUGCUCUAGAAGACUUCACUGUAAUCCUCUCCAUUGUUCCCAAGGAUCCAUGGUGUAAAAAAGUCAUUUUGGCCAGUAGAGCCAACCAACACCCAUCCCAAUAUUUGUGUUAUAUGGGCUAGUUCCUAAUGCUGUCUCUAGAACUGUAGUUAGUACCUUUCCUCCCUCACCCAUCCCUCAGUGACUGGAUUUUUUACACUAUGUGAGGAACCACCUUGCACUUUUUUCUUCAUGUCAUCUCAGCUAAGUGACUCUACAGAUGUGUAGCCAUUGCACGUGAGUUUCUGGACACUUUUUUUUCCUGGUGAAACAACUUUGGCUUGAUUCAUCUUAUUCUUUCUGAAUGAUGCAAAGGUCACUUGUUGACAAAGGGUAAAGUUGCUUAUUUCAGCUUGGUGAAUUUUUUUCCCCAAACUAGUGCAUGUGUAAAGUGGAAGAAUGAGGUUAAUAUGUAGAAGAUUGACUUUUUUUGAAUAUUUUGUAAAUAUAUUGAAUUAUGUCAUUUGUGGUAGUGAAAACAGGGACUGGGGUUUAAAACACGCUAAGGUAAAAAUCAUGAAGCAUGAAAUAAUACAAGUCGCAUAACUAUUGCAGCAGGAGCACAGGCGCAGUUAUCUAGUGUAGAUGUAUUAAUAAUGCAGUGUCAUUGGCCGCGACUGCUGUGUUCACUCAAGCCCUGCUGUUCUUCUCUUCCCCUCCUCCCCACUUUGUUUUUAUGGAGAGAACAGACAAGCUUGCAACUGUAAAGGUUUUUCAGAAUUUCUGCAGAGGUUCAACUGCACUGCCUAGUAGAGUUUAAGUCUUGAUCCUUCACUUAUUUCAGUGUAAGGAUUACUAAAUUGAGAGAGAGAAACACUGCCUGGAUCUAGAGCAAGUAAGUGUACUAUUGAUAUUCUGAGUGUUCUCACCAGAGCCUCUGUUAAUUGGAGUGGGGCUGGUUGUAGUCCAAGGCUGAUGCGUGCUGGUCACAUGGCUGGCAGGGCAAGUUGUUCAGUUGUUUGUAAUAACAGUAACUGAAGCUGAAAAGCCGGAGACCUGUAUACACCUGUGCCUUGGCUACCAGUCUAGAGAGGGAUUUUAUUUUUUGGAUUGUGAACUUUUUCUAAUUUAGGGCAUGGGUGGGCAUCAUUCCUAUUCAACACAGUCCUGCUUAGUCCCUGUAGCUCCUUGUACAGUAAUCUAGACUGUUGGUGUAUUUAAACCUUUUGUUUACACUUAGUAAAUCUGUUUUCCUGCUGAUGAAAUUAUGGCAUAUAUUAUCCAACCAGAGAACCUUGUCAAUUGAGUUAAGAUUAUUGUUCCAAGACAUAGCAGGCUGAUUUUCUGAUCAAAGACCUUUAACUUGGAAGUGCAAAGGACUACUUCAAGGAAUGGCUGAAAGGUACGAAAAGUAAGUUAUGACCCCGUGGUGGUGAGUGCUAGAUUUUUCGUAAGGCAGGUCUUCUUCUCUAUUUAACACUUUUGGUCCUAUUCAGAGCUGUGUCUUAUGCAUAGCUGCUUAUUCAAUUUGACAUUUGGAGGUGGGUUAAAAGGUAACUUGAUUUACUUGCAAUGUGAAAUUAGAACUCCAUUCACUCAUUAUGGUAGCAGAGUUCCAGAUUUUGAUAUUGCAUGUAAUCUGUUUUAAAUUGGUGUAUACCACCAGUAAACAGGUUAGUGGCUCAACUUCCAUACCAGUAGUGGGAAAUGUUGAAUAGUUUCCAGUUGUUCCUUGAGCAGGUAUAAGGGGGGGGGGGGGGGUAGGGGGAGAAAGGCAGACAGCAGAGGGUGUGAACAGCUGAAGGAAAAGUAGUAGACCCAGCUAUUUCUAUAUCUUUUCAGAACAGACCUAUUCUUACCUACUACACAUCUUGCCUCCCAGUGUGUGAAACAGGACCUAGGUGUGGGUUUAUCUGGGGUAAAGCUUGACUCUGGAGUGCCUUUUACAAUAAUGGACCUGAAAGCAGGGGAGAGAACCCACACAAUCUUACUGUUUUUUAAUGUAAAAUUUUAGAUUUCUAAAAUGGGGAUAUGGGUUUGACUACUUUUAUGUGGUAACAUAACUGCUAGUUUUAAGUAAACUGGGGAACUUUUAACUUAUGUCUGACAGUUGUCCUGUGUUAAUGUCAAUGUGUAGAAUUAUUCUUCCAUAUACUGUAGCUGCUGUAUUUUAGACUAAAACUGAUCAUGAUUGAAUGCUAAUGCUGAAAGGCUGUAAACUUUCUGAUGCGGUUUGUAGCCAGUGUGGAUGUAACUUUUCAGAUCUGUAUAUUGGUAAUAAGUCAGUUUGAAAAGUCCUAAGCUACAAUAAAUUUCUGGUUCUGAAA